GUCACCUUUUUCCGUACAUACAGUAGAUGGUUAUUAGCAGCAGCUAGUGUUGCAUGCAGUCUCUUGGUUUCUUUGAUGCUCAUGGGAUGGAGGAUGGAGCUGAACUCAGUCUACGUUGACCUCAAUCUCCCUUCUGAACCCAGCUCUGCAAAGAUGCUUCACCCACCUCAAGUUUUCAAUGGCUCCCAGCAUUUCCACUGGCACCAGAUUGCUCUUUGGAUUGGAUGGGCUGGGAAUCUUAUCCUGGUGGUCACUGUGAUACUGCUGGCUUUUCAGACAAGGCAACUUAGGGAUCUUCUGGAGAAAGCCUCUCCCUCUGAAGGACCCACCAAUGGAAGCAGAAAUCAUAAUUCUCUGGAGAAUGUGACUCAUUUGCGGCAGUUUGUAUGUAAGACAAACAACAGCAAUAUAACAGAGGACUCCAGCUGCAAACUUUGUCCACAGAACUGGUUUUUGCAUGCAGACAAAUGCUAUUGGAUCUCCAAAAAAAAGCAAUACUGGCGCAAGAGUAAGGAAGACUGCAGAGCAAAGCUCUCUCACCUGGCAGUGAUACAAAAUCAGGAAGAACUGGCUUUUAUAGGGAAUAUUAGCAGAGGGUAUUCAUUGCUGUGGAUUGGACUAGAAGUCACAUUAUUCCCUGCACGGAAUUGGACCUGGGUGAAUGGCUCCUCCUCUGAUGGCAAACUGUUGCAAAAUCUAGGUCCAGCUGAAGCCAACUGCUGUGGACAACUGAAUGGGAAAAAAAUUAUUCCUCAACCAUGCAAUACCAUGGCCAUGUGGAUCUGUGAGACAAAAGCUGUCCUGAUAUAAAUAACUAGAAUGGCAACAGCAAAUUGGCCUUUGUCAUAUAGCAGUAAAGGAGCUUAGAUGAGCUGCCCUCCUCUCUGCCUAUCCUACUUCUCUUGAUGCCGAGACAGGCCCAUUUAGGGAACACACUGAUAAAUUGUAAUGGGUUCAGAGUAUGGCAACAAAGGCAGUGAGUGGGGUGUGCUCGAACUACUGUUCAAGCACCAUUUGGGAGCAAAGAGUGGGAGCUUUAAGAAAGAGGAGAACCCCUUCUUUCCACCACCCCAUGCAGCUUAUUGCUAGAGUGCUGCACCCAAGUAGCACCAGCGCGCAUAUGGUGUCUGCACAGGCACUGGCACCACUUGUGUGGUCAGCAUGGUGUUUCUGACCAUGCAAAUUAUGCCCGUGCAUGUGCAGAUGCCAUGCUAGGGCCAUGCACCACCCCAGCAGGAAGCUUUUUAUUAAAGUUCCUGCUCCCGAAUAGUGCUCAAACCACUGUUCAGGUAGACCCCUAACAGUGAGGGGUCUGGAAAUCAAGUCCUAUGAGGAGUGAAGGAGUCGGGUACGUUUAGCCUGGAGAUUAGAAAGACCAAGUGGAGAUAACACAGCCUUUUUCAAAUAUUUGAUGGGCUGUUGCUGAUUAAGUAGACUUGUUUUCUUUUGCUCCUAGUGGCAGGAUUCAAACAAAUGGAUUGAAAUGAGAAAGAAGCAGAUUCAAACUAGGCAGUAGGAAGAGUUUCCUAAGAACUGUUUGACAGUAGAAAAGUCUGCCUAACAGUGGUAGGCUUUCCUUUGCUGGAGAUUUUCAAACAGAGGCUGGGCAGCCAUCUUUCGGAGAUGCUAUCACAGUCUUCUGCAAAGCACAGGAGUUCAUCUAGAAGGUCUCCUCCAACUCAAAAAUGCUAUAAUUAUCUAUGUGUGUACAGAGUGUGUUAUAGUGCCAGUAGUUUGCUGUUUAGAGAUGAGCUUGGUAGUGUUCAUGAAGGAGUAGGCUUAUCCUCAUAAUGGAAUUGUAUGGUCCAUGUAGCAUCUUCUGUUAAAUUUACAAACUCUUGAAUGGCAGGGAUGAGGUAUGUUAUUUCUUUAUUGAAGGAAGCCGAAUCUUUGCAGCAAAAUGUAGUGGAUAGUGUGAUGCCUUCAAUGUAGGGAAAGCACACAUCUUUCACAGAAAGACAAUCACUCAUGGACAGCACAAGGGUGAAGAUGUAUCUAAAAUUCCUUUCAGUCAUUCAAUUUUAUGUUAAUAUUUACAAAUAAUAUUUACAAAUUUACACAGAGUGAUGUCUAAUAAAAUCAAAUACCUUA